AUGUCUCCCCCCACUGCUACCACUGUUGCCGUGCCAGCCGACUCCACGAUCGGGAGCGGUGUGACAGCCAAGAUCAAGACUGCUACCAAGGAUGCUCAGGCCCAGGUAUCCGGCCUCGUCAAGGCAGAGACCACCUUUCACGUCGACGUCGAUUCGAUGGACCCGAAGGUGGCUCGCUCGCUUAUCGAAGCUGGCGUCCGACCUCAUGACAUGACCUCGAACCAGAUCCUCGUCGGAGAUGGCAUCAUGGACCCCGACAACAAGGAGAUGCUCAUGAAGACCAUCUCGGAGGUCGGCUCGCAGGGUUGGGAGGCGGUCUACGAUCGCAUGAGCGUUCUGCUCUGCAAGCGCAAUCUCCCCAACGUCUCCAACCGCGUUCUCCUUCAGACGAGCCCGAGUGACGCCUACGACACCGACAAGAUCGUCGCGCACGCCAGAAAGUACGCUGCCGAAUUUGAGCGCAUCGGAAUCGGCAAGGACCGUUUCUGCAUCAAGAUCCCUGCCACGGGUCCAGGCAUGAAUGCAGGCCCCAUCCUCCUUGAGGACGGGAUUCGAACGCUCGGCACUUCGCUUUUCAGCGUGCCGCAGGCCAUCGCUUCCGCCCAGGCUGGCUGCCUGUACAUCAGCCCGUACUUCAACGAGGUCAAGGCGCACGACCCCGCCACCGGCCUCUUCCCUAACGUGCGCAACCCUGCUACACAGCAUCCCAUGUCGCCUCGAAUGGUGCAGAUCUACAACGUCUACCGCCAUCUCGCCCAGACGACGGGCAAGCCCCAGCCGCUGAUCAAGGGUGCAAGCAACAUCACGGCCGCCGAGGUGCUCGGGAUGGCAAAGAUGGGUGUCCACCACGUCACCAUUCUCCAGCCUGUGCUCAAGCAGCUUUCCGAGCUUUCUGUUCCUGUCGAGCAAGAGCUCGAGGACCGUGCAGCGCUCGCUUUCGAAACGGAGAAGUUUGACGAAGCCAAGCCCUACAGCCGCCAGCUCAUCGCUGAGAUGCAGGAGCUAGAGAAGAUCGACCCGCUCUCGCCUACGAAGGCCCCUCUCGAGUGGGGCGCUCACAUCGACUAUCUGGCGGAUGGCGGCAAGGAGCUUGAGAAGGCGAUCGAGGCCGAUCCUCAGACUAAGCGACGCCUCGAAGAUGCCCUCAACCUCUUCAUCGAUGCCGAACACCGAGCUCGCGACGCCAUCUUGGCUGCCAUGAAGACUGCCAACGUGUAA